UUUUUGGACUACAGCACCAUCGUUUUUUCGUCACCACGCAUGCGCUAGCUGUAGGAACUACGGCAAGCGAAAUAGGACUAGCCAGGCGCCCUUCGCAUGUUGUUUUUUUUUGUUGGAUACAAAAAAGAAAAGUGCCGAUAAAACCUGGGAGAGGAGCCAAAAUCUUCCCAGAUGUAACUGAAAAACAGCCGUAUGGUGGAGGCCUUUCUUUACGGGAAACUUGAGCCAGAAAGACAUUUAGAGAGAAAGACUGCUGUCCGGUCCAUGGUCCGAGACGUAGCGCAUGAAGCAAAGACGCACUAUUUUAAGUGAAAAUACACUACGUAAUCACACGUUUAUAGUGGAGGAAUUUGUACUUGUGUGUCUACUUUUCAACCGGGAUCAGAAAGACUCUCGUGGGCCUGUUGCCGACUUUUCCUUCACAUGCCUGCUGGCAGCCGACCGCUUUGCUUCAAUGGAGAAUCACAGUUGCAAGAGGAGGAAUUGUAGAGGCCGCCGGUACCUCAGCACCACCUGGGAGAUAGCCUAGCUCAGCUCAGCACCACUAGCUACUCCGUGUCCCCCCCCCCCCCCCCCACACACACACACACACACAACACACCUCCCUUUUACUCCCCCCAAAAAAGUGAGUUUGCAAUGGCAUCGGUGCGCUUCACGGUGACGCCCACCAAGGCGGAGGACCUCCCGGGGCUGUCCGACAUGUCGCCCGACAUCAGUUCGCGCUCCGGCGCCCGUGUGCGCUUCGGCUCCAGGGAGAGCGUCAACCGGAGCGACCCGCUCAGCGAGGCCACGGCGGGGGAGGCCGAGACGCCGGACCACAGCAACGCGGACCAAGGUGAUGGAAACUCAAAGAUCUCCAGCGUGUACAUCAACAACACUCACGGGGGGGAUGACGACGACUUCUACGACAGGAACUUGGCCUUAUUUGAGGAGGAGAUGGACACCCGGCCGAAGGUGUCGUCUCUGCUCAACCGUCUGGCCAACUACACCAACCUGACGCAGGGGGCCAAGGAGCACGAGGAGGCCGAGAGCAUCGGCGAGAAGAAGAAAGCCAACAAGUCUCCUCAGAUGGGGACGUUUAUGGGCGUGUACCUGCCUUGCCUCCAGAACAUCUUCGGCGUCAUCCUGUUCCUGCGGUUGACCUGGGUGGUGGGGAGCGCUGGUGUGCUGCAGGGCCUCUGCAUCGUCUUCAUAUGCUGCUGCUGUACGCUGUUGACCGCGAUAUCGAUGAGUGCGAUCGCCACUAACGGAGUCGUACCAGCGGGAGGUGCCUACUUCAUGAUCAGUCGCUCUCUGGGUCCAGAGUUUGGGGGGGCGGUGGGCCUGUGCUUCUACCUGGGCACCACCUUCGCUGGCGCCAUGUACAUCCUGGGAGCCAUCGAGAUCCUUCUGAUGUACAUCGCACCUAAGGCGGCCAUUUUUGAGUCCAAGCACCCUGAAGGCGAAGGUGCGGCCAUGUUGAACAACAUGCGGGUCUACGGCUCCAUCUGCCUCCUCCUGAUGUCCCUGCUGGUCUUCGUGGGCGUGAAGUACGUCAACAAACUGGCCUCCAUCUUCCUGGCCUGCGUCAUCGUCUCCAUCGUCUCCAUCUACGUCGGCGCGCUGGUCUCCGCCUUCAAACCGCCGCAUUUCCCCGUGUGCAUGCUGGGAAACAGAACUAUCAGCGGACAUGAAGUCGACAACGACCAAUGUUCCAAAACCCUCCCGCUGAAGAUUAAAGAGGAGGAAGUCGACAACUUCACAAUAUUUAAUGAAAACAGCACCAUGGUCCCGACGUUUGACCCCAGCCUGGACCCCCCUCUGCUGGAGAAGACCACAUAUCUGUGGAAGCAGUUUUGCCAGGGACCCGAAAUCAACUCCUCCUGUGACGAGUACUUCCUCUCCAACAACUUCUCCCAGAUCGAAGGGAUCCCCGGUCUGGCCAGCGGGGUCAUUUCAGAGAACCUGUGGAGCUCCUACCUCAGCAGAGGGGACGUGCUGGAGAAAGGCUCUGUCAGCUCCUCUCCCGACGCUCACCCGGCCUCGACUCACCAGCCCUACGUGUUCGCCGACAUCACCACCUCCUUCACGCUGCUGGUGGGCAUCUUCUUCCCCUCUGUCACAGGAAUCAUGGCUGGUUCCAACCGGUCGGGGGAUCUGAAAGACGCCCAGCGCUCGAUCCCCAUCGGGACCAUUCUCGCCAUCCUCACCACCUCCAUCGUCUACCUGACCAGCGUGAUCUUGUUUGGAGCCUGCAUCGACGGGGUGGUCCUCAGAGACAAGUUUGGAGACUCCGUUAAAGGGAACCUGGUGGUGGGGACUCUGGCCUGGCCGACUCCCUGGAUCAUUGUGAUUGGCUCGUUCUUCUCGACGUGUGGCGCGGGCCUCCAGUCGCUGACUGGCGCUCCUCGGCUCCUGCAAGCCAUCGCGAAGGACAACAUCAUCCCCUUCCUCCGGGUGUUUGGCCAUGGGAAGGCUAACGGGGAGCCCACCUGGGCCCUGCUGCUGACAGCCCUGAUAGCCGAGCUGGGGAUCCUCAUCGCCUCUCUGGACCUGGUGGCUCCCAUCCUAACAAUGUUCUUCCUGAUGUGUUAUCUGUUUGUGAACCUGGCCUGUGGCCUCCAGACUCUCCUGAGGACUCCCAACUGGAGGCCGCGUUUCUCCUAUUACCACUGGACCUUGUCGUUUUUGGGGAUGACUAUCUGCCUGGCGCUCAUGUUCAUAUCCUCCUGGUACUACGCAAUCGUUGCCAUGGUGAUCGCCGGCAUGAUCUACAAGUACAUUGAGUACCACGGAGCGGAGAAGGAGUGGGGGGAUGGGAUCCGCGGUCUCUCGCUCAGCGCUGCCCGAUAUGCUCUCCUGAGGUUGGAGGAGGGACCGCCGCACACCAAGAACUGGAGGCCUCAGGUGUUGGUCUUGCUAAAACUGGACGAGGACGCCCACGUCAAGUCUCCUCGCCUGCUGACGUUCGCCAGCCAGCUGAAGGCGGGGAAAGGCCUGACCAUCGUCGGCACCGUCGUCUCCGGCAACUUCCUGCAGAGCUACGGCGAGGCCCUCGCCGCCGAGCAGACUCUGAAGCACCUGAUGGAUAAGGAGCGUGUGAAGGGCUUCUGUCAGUGCAUCGUGGCCCAGAAGCCACGUGAAGGCAUCAGCCACAUGAUCCAGUCCAGCGGCCUGGGAGGCAUGAAGCCCAACACCGUUGUGAUGGGCUGGCCUCACGCCUGGAGGCAAAGCGAGGACCCACAGGCCUGGAAGACCUUCAUCAACACGGUGCGGGUGACAACGGCGGCCCACUUGGCCCUGCUGGUGCCCAAAAACAUCUCCCUCUUCCCCAGCAACAGCGAGCCCUGCGCAGAGGGCUACAUCGACGUCUGGUGGAUCGUCCACGAUGGGGGGAUGCUAAUGCUGCUGCCCUUCCUGCUGCGCCAACACAAGGUGUGGCGUAAGUGUGGCAUGCGGAUCUUCACGGUGGCCCAGAUGGAGGAUAACUCCAUCCAGAUGAAGAAGGAUCUGGCAACCUUCCUCUAUCACCUCCGCAUUGAGGCCGAGGUGGAAGUGGUUGAGAUGCACGACAGCGACAUCAGUGCGUACACCUACGAGAGGACCCUGAUGAUGGAGCAGAGGUCUCAGAUGCUCCGACAGAUGCGACUGUCGAAAUCGGACCGGGAAAAAGAGGGAAAUCCUGGUAGCGGCAGCAGUAGGACAGAGGCAGGUGGAGCUACAAGGUCUCAGGCUCAGCUGGUGAAAGACCGUAACUCCAUGCUGCGGCUGACGAGCAUCGGAUCCGACGAUGAAGACGACACGGACGGUGGGGAGCGAGACAGGCCGACGAACGCAGCCACCGGCGGCGGUGGUGGUGGCGGAGGCGGUGGUGGCAGCGGCGGCACCACCGAGCACCACCGGCGAGUCCAGAUGACCUGGACCAAAGAGAAGUCGUCGCAAUACAGAGCCAUGCACUCUGGCUGCUCCACGCCGGAGGGCUUCAGGGACAUGCUCAGCAUGCGGCCGGACCACUCCAACGUCAGGCGGAUGCACACCGCUGUCAAGCUCAACGAGGUCAUCGUCAAUAAAUCCCAUGAUGCACGGCUCGUCCUGCUCAACAUGCCGGGACCCCCCAGGAACACGGACGGAGACGAGAACUACAUGGAGUUCCUCGAGGUCCUGACGGAGGGAUUGGAGCGCGUCCUGUUGGUGAGGGGGGGAGGAAGUGAAGUCAUCACCAUCUACUCCUGAUUGGACAAAAAACGCAGGAAGCCGGCAUUUGAAGACGCAGCCGAUCGUGCAGAAGUGAGCGAAAGGGGGAGACGUUUUUUGGGGGGGAGGCCCCGUGAGCUCUGGGGCCAAACGGAGAGGCUGUCACGCUCGACACCUCCCCCCCCCCCCUCUUUUUCUUUCUUUUUUUCAUCUUUACACCUUUCUGUCAUGACACUUCCACUUACGUCAAGCUACAGAAAUGCCAACACAAUUCCACGAACGAGCAAAAAAAUAAAUACGAGUGAUCAGCUGUGUGUGUGUGUGUGUGUGUGUGUGUGCGCGCGUGUGAGAAAGUCAUCCACCUGAGGGAGGGUUGGUUUGCUGGAGAAGGACCAGGGUCUGUGUUUGGGCCGGUGGACCAGUGAAUGUGACGAAAUAUUAAAAACGUAGAGUGCGAGAGGCUGUGAGGCGUCCCACAAACGGAGCAGUCAUUCCACUGACGAGACUCAGGGUUGCUUUUUGUACAGAAUGUAUUUUGGAAGAAGAUGCGAGUGUCUGGACGGAGUGCGUUUUUGUUUUUCUCCUUGAAGACACGGUGACGUUUAUUACAAUAUUACAUAAAUAACUGGAGAAGUAACAUCAAAGGAAGGGAGGAGCCUCUAGUUUUAAACCUGCUGACUGGUUCAUUUAAAGAAAAUCUGUGUGGUUUUUGUAGCGGGUCCGUACUGUAAUGUAUCAUGACAAUUUUUGCCUCUUUGUUUUAAUUUGAUUAAGUUGAGACUCGACUGUUAGAAUGGUUUGUUGGUCAAAACUUGCUGCUUUUUAUCACAAUCUGUCGUCUUGUACGGAGGCCCAUUACGACCAGGAAAAGGUAGAAAGAAACUGCUAAAAUGAAUAGUUACAAAGGCAAAAUUAUUAGAUAAAGAAAUCAAUUUUUUAACUUACGAAGUGAUAAUUAUGUCACUUCGUCAGUGACGAAUUCAAGU